UUCACUCUUUCAGUUAUUUUCGUUAUUAAUGUUUUGAUUUGAAUUCACCGGAUAUUUGCAAAAUUAUUCUAUUAAAUUGUUUACUAUUUGUGAGUAAUUAAAGUGUGAGUGUCAAUUUCAUGUGGACAAUUAGACUAAAAAGCUGCUAAACAAAGUUGUGGCAAAUUAAUGACGGAGAUUGAAAACAAUUUUGGAAAUAAUCGCUGUCGUCGGCGUGGUUUACCGUUUGCAGUUGGCAAUUCCUGGAAAAGAGAUUUAAUGUGCGAGGGCGUAUGGAAAUUUGCAGUUUUCCAGGUUUCCAGGUUGCGUAGCAACACUGAAACAACAUUUAAAUGCAACAGUCGAGAACAAAAUUUUCUGCAUGAUGCGCUCAUCUUUCGCAAUCAUGUGCGUUUUUUAAUCUCUUCACGUCCACAUUUAGUGAAUUGUAAAAGGAUCCAUAUUGGAAAAUGUUUUUCAAAAAGUCAUUUUAAUUAAAAGGAUUCUGCUCACAAUUUAACUAGCACGUUUCAACUAUAAUUAACAGCUAAUAAACAUUCUGUCUGGCAGUGUCGUUCGGACGUGACAAACGAG